AUGGUUGGUGAAAAAAUCCAGAAUCAGAACACUUGUUUACCUGCUGAUUGCAAGAAAAAUGUACCUUUCGGUGUUGCUUUUGACAAUUUUGAUGAAUUGUGCGAGACGCUAUUAGGAUCAAAUACAUUGCAUGAUACUAUGGGUAUUAUGUAUCAGGCUGAGAGUAUCUCUUCUGAGUGCAUGAAUGUACCUGCAUCAACAAUUGGGAAAGGCUCAAACAGUAGGAAAAGAAAACUGGAUGUCACUGUAUUUAACCUGCAGCCUUACAGGAAAAAACCAAGAAUGACUAUUUUUGAAUACCAAUGUAGAGAUGUAUGGAAAUCCAUGGAUACCAAAAGGCGUAAAGGACAUCUGGAUUUCACAUGGAUGGUUUGCUAUGGUCUUAUUACAACAAAUAUUCCUAUGUGGGUUGGUUUCAAUUCUCAAUUCUACGUAGACGAGUUGCAGAAACAAAGGAGAGCCAUUCGAACAAAUGAUGUGGAACUUUAUUCUUUCGCUCUAACUCCAAUUAUUGAUCUCUUUUUUGCCACAAACCAUGUCAAUUACGCAAGAUGGUUAACAAAAUUUCAAUUAGAUUUAUUGAACAUUGACAACACUCAUCCAGGCUUAUCUGAUUUACUCAACUCUGGCUUAUUUACAGUAAGAAGAACAGAUCAUAGUUUCAGCAGAAUUCCCGUGGAUCUAACUUUGGAACAGUCAAUCAAUGCUAAUGCCGCUUCACGUCAAACUGGAUUGUCUCAUAUGACAAACAACUUUGGAGCUCGACAAAGAUGGAUGGUAACCAGGCCCUUAAGGGCUUUAAUGGUCAGUUCUAUUUUACAGAUGGCUGGAAUGUCUAAUCCCGAGAAUGCUUCAAAUGAACUAAAACCUACUCGAAUAAUGCGUGAUCACGAGGAUUAUUCUAAAAUUGUUAAACAAAUAAAAAAUUCUUGUGAUCCUUUUAUCUUACCAGAAGAUACAGAUGACUCUCUUAUUAACAUUAGUACUGGUUGA